AUGGCCGUCACCCAAACGAUGUUGUGUCCACUCUGUAGUGAUUUGUUCACCGACAAAAGACACGCCUACAAACAUUUUCAUUAUAGGCGAUUUCUGUGUGGAGAAGAAGGUUGCAAUCGAAAGUUCUACACUGAGGAUGAGAAGGUGGCACAUUGUGCAGAGGAAGGGCACAGGGAAACGUUCAAGACCACUAACUCUACUAUCCAACCAUGGCCGUCACCCAAACGAUGUUGUGUCCACUCUGUAGUGAUUUGUUCACCGACAAAAGACACGCCUACAAACAUUUUCAUUAUAGGCGAUUUCUGUGUGGAGAAGAAGGUUGCAAUCGAAAGUUCUACACUGAGGAUGAGAAGGUGGCACAUUGUGCAGAGGAAGGGCACAGGGAAACGUUCAAGAGUCACAACAGCAACAGCAAACUCAACAGCAAAAAUGGCGACUUCUCGAAUGAUGUGCCCGAUUUGCGCGGAAGACUUCGAUGACGUGCGACACGUGCUCAAGCACUUCCGUUAUCGUCGCUUUCCUUGUGGACACCAAGGAUGCACACUCGAGUUCUACUCGGAAGUGGAGAGGACGGCCCACUGCACCGCAAACGACCACAGGGAAACGUUCCGGAUCAUUCGUGUCCCGUACCUCGACAAGCUUGUCAAGUUGAUGAUCAAGGACGCGAGGAGAUUGUUCAGGAUGAGAGCGGCGCCUCCGGCAGCAGUCCGUCCAUGA